UGCAGAAAGAUCUAAAAAGAAAACGCGACUGCGUGUAUGGACAAGGAAAUGGCUGGGCAAACGUGGGCAGUACGGUCUGUCAAUUCUACAACGAGAACUGGAGGCUGAGGCCUCUGCUUCAGCUGGAGAAGAGUCUGGUGGUGCAACAGAGGAGCAAUUUCAGCCAUUUGGACUCAGCUCAGCCACUACAGAGGAAACAAUGACUUCAACACAGAAGGACCAACAUGGAGCGAGAAGUCAGCGCUCUCAGGAGGCCGACAAACGUCACAGAAGAAAGGGAGAGAAAACCUACAGCUGUGAUGAGUGUGGGAAGGAUUUUACCCGGACUGGACACUUAAAAACACACCAACUCAUCCACAGUGGAGUUAAACCGUACAGCUGUGAUGAGUGUGGGAAGUCUUUUGUCCGGGCUGAAGGCUUAAAAACACACCAACUCAUCCACAGUGGAGUUAAACCUUACAGCUGUGACUUGUGUGGAAAGUCUUUUAACCAGGCUGGAAGCUUAAAAACACACCAACUCAUCCACAGUGGAGUUAAACCUUACAGCUGUGACUUGUGUGGAAAGUCUUUUACCCUGGCUGGAAGCUUAAAAACACACCAACUCAUCCACAGUGGAUUUAAACCUUACAGCUGUGACUUGUGUGGAAAGUCUUUUACCCAGGCUGGAAGCUUAAAAACACACCAACUCAUCCACAGUGGAUUUAAACCUUACAGCUGUGACUUGUGUGGAAAGUCUUUUAACCAGGCUGGACACUUAAAAACACACCAACUCAUCCACAGUGGAUUUAAAGCGUACAACUGUCACUUGUGUGGAAAGUCUUUUACCCGGGCUGGACACUUAAAAAGACACCAACUCUUCCACAGUGGAUUUAAAGCGUACAACUGUCACUUGUGUGGAAAGUCUUUUACCCAGGCUGGAAGCUUAAAAAAACACCAACUCAUCCACAGUGGAGUUAAAGCGUACAGUUGUGACUUGUGUGGAAAGUCUUUUACCAAGGCUGGAAGCUUAAAAACACACCAACUCAUCCACAGUGGAGUUAAACCUUACAGCUGUGACUUGUGUGGAAAGUCUUUUACCCGGGCUGGAAGCUUAAAAAAACACCAACUCAUCCACAGUGGAGUUAAACCUUACAACUGUCACUUGUGUGGAAAGUCUUUUACCCAGGCUGGAAGCUUAAAAAAACACCAACUCAUCCACAGUGGAGUUAAACCUUACAGCUGUGACUUGUGUGGAAAGUGUUUUAACCAGGCUGGAAGCUUAAAAACACACCAACUCAUCCACAGCGGAUUUAAACCUUACAGCUGUGACUUGUGUGGAAAGUCUUUUAACCAGGCUGGACACUUAAAAAAACACCAACUCAUCCACAGUGGAUUUAAACCUUACAGCUGUGACUUGUGUGGAAAGUCUUUUACCCUGGCUCAAGGCCUAAAAAGACACCAACUCUUCCACAGUGGAUUUAAAGCGUAAAACUGUCA